GCUUGAUAGCUUUUCCCACAAUGCAACGCGCGUGUGUCAUGGCUGCUCACUGAUGCCACUGUGGCCACAUGGAUGGAUAAAAACAUUUAGGUGUGAUAGUGAAGCCGUGACUUGUUUCGGUGACCGAUCAGAUCAGAACUCGGAACCGCUGCCGGUUGGUGUUCGGCCAUGCUCGGAGUCGAGAUCCCGGUGCUCAGGGGCUUCCUGGCUCCCGGAGAGGCGGCGGAGUGGCAGCAGAACAUCAGUACUCUGGCAGAGGCCGGAUCUCUGCUGCAGUCCUUGUUGGAGGGAGACUUUCAGACAGUUCUGCUGAGCCCACCGGUUCUGGACCUUCUUGCUGGAGAUGGCAGCUGCAGCGAGGAGGAGGACGUGGAGACCUACCUGGAGAGACAUCUGCUGCUGUAUCUGACCCAUGGUUCCACCAGCAGCCAGACCGACAGGGAGCUGGUUCUGAUGGCCCUCGCUGUGUCCUGCCUCCAUGUGUUUGCUCAGAGUAACUGGACUGGACCUCCGGUCCCGUUCCUCCUGUGGGAUGUGCUUCCGCCGGCCCUGCGGCCCUCUCAGAGCUUCCUGACUGAUGCUGUCCACUCCAGCCUGCUGCUGGAUGGGGAGUCGGUCUACAGCCUGGUGGUCAACCCUUUCCUCCUCCUGCUGGUCAGGGUGAUCCUCACCAAGUGCUCGUCAAAGAUGGACGGUCUCCAGCUGAUGUCCUGGUGGACUCUACGCUACAUCAACCUACACCAGCAGGUCCUGGAGGCCCGUUCUCCUCAGCUCCUGGAUCUGGCCCACAGCAGCAUGGAUGAAGCGCUGAAGCAGCUGUCUCUGCUGUCGGAGCAGAAGAACCUGGAGAUCCAGCUCCACCUGGAGUGCGCCCACAUCAGCCUGACCUACUACGAGUACCAACCAGCCAAGCAGCACAUCCAACGGGCCCAGGAGCUCUCUGGACUCAGCAUCAACAUGACGGGUGCUCUUGGCAAACGGACCCAUUUCCAGGAGAAGUUUCUGGCUCAGCUCAUUCUUGAUGUUAAAAGGAACCCGGAUGGACCAGAUCAGAGGGUCCAUGAGGCCAGCCCCACCCCCACUCCACGGAGCAGCCUACCCAAAGACAACCUGCUGGGGGACGAUACGGUGAUGGAUGCCAUCAGCUUUGCCGAGCCGGAUCAGUUCCAGCUGCCUGAGCUCAGUGCUGAGGAGCAGGCCCUCAUCCUGGGAAUCUGCACCGAUUUCCAGAAGAACAACCCGGUUCACAAACUCACCGAAGAGGAGCUUCUGGCCUUCGCGUCGUGUCUUCUGUCCCAGCCGAAGUUCUGGGCCGUGGAGGUCACAGCUCUGUGUCUCCGGACCAAACUGGAGAAGGGAAGGUCUCGGUGUGUUGAGAGGGCCAUGAUGCAAACCCAGACGAUAGUGGACCACUUUGAAGACCAGAGCUGUCCGGUGACUGACCGCCUUAAAGUCUUCUACUGCUGCCAAGUCCCGCCCAGAUGGGCCGUCCAGAAGCAACUGGCCGGUCUGCUCAUCGACCUCGGCUGCGUCAGUUCAGCUCUCCUCCUGUACGAGAAGCUGGAGCUCUGGGAGGAUGUAAUCGUCUGUUACGAGAGGCUUGGUCAGCAUGGGAAGGCCGAGGAGAUUGUGCGCAGAGAGCUGGAGAAGAAGGAGACUCCGAGUCUUUUCUGCUUACUGGGAGACAUCCUGAAUGACCACCAGUAUUAUGAGCGGGCGUGGGAACUGUCAGACCGGCGCAGCGCCAGAGCCAUGCGCUCCAAAGCUCUGCUGCACCUCAGAAACAAGGAGUUCCAGCAGUGCGUCGACUGCUUUGAGCGGUCGCUGAAAAUCAACCCCAUGCAGCUGGGUGUCUGGUUCUCCCUCGGAUGUGCCUACAUCACUCUGGAAGGCUAUGAGGGAGCGGCGAGAGCUUUCCAGAGGUGUGUGGGACUCGAGCCAGACAAUGCAGAGGCGUGGAACAACCUGUCGACGGCUUACAUUCGCCUCAAAAUGAAAACCAAAGCCUUCCACACGCUGCAGGAGGCCCUGAAGUGUAACUACGAGCACUGGCAGAUCUGGGAGAACUUCCUUGUUGUCAGCACUGACAUCGGGGACUUCUCAGAAGCAAUCCGGGCGUACCACCGCCUUAUGGACCUGAGGGAAAACUACAAAGACAUCCAGGUUCUCCAGAUCCUGGUCCGGGCCGUUGUGGAGAACUUGACUGACAGCCAGGGUUCUCAGGCAGGAGCCUUGGCGUCCAAACUGAAGGAGCUUUUUGGUCGGGUGACAUCACGCCACAGCUCAGAUGCUGAGACAUGGCAGCAGUACGCCCUGCUGUACGGUGGGGGUCACGGCGCCGACCCGGAGGACAACGAGAAGGCGCUUCAGUUCCUGUGCAAAUCCCAUCGCUGUGAGGUUCAAACAAGCAGCUGGGAGAAAGAUCCUGUUCUGUUCAAGGAGGUGAUCCAAAGAGCCGUCCACAUGGGAGAAGUGACGCUCAGCUGCAGUGAGAAGAAGAAGAAUCCAUCAGAAGCUCUCCAGAUGCUGUCCUCCACUCGCCUCAGUCUCCGGAGUCUGGCGUCUAAAGCCAAGCAAAUGCACACAGACGUGUCCUCGGGACAGGUCCACACCGAGCUGCAGGACGGCGUUGCUGCUCUGGAGCAGCUCAUCACGGAGGUGCAGCAGCUGAGUGGGAGGCUGCGCAGCCAAUCACAGUGACCGCUCUCAAACACACGCCCCCUUUUCAAACAAGAAUCUGAUACUGGCGUGGGAACCGGUCCCACACAGAGACUCUUUCAGUGUUUUUAUAUCUGUGUCCACAUUGGAAUGUAAAACAUCAGAAUUAAAUGUUUGAACAAAAACAA